AUGGCCACCUUCACGUAUGCCAUCGCUGGACCCAUCCCAAUUGUGUCCCUCGAACAGCUGGACCCCACCCUCCCGCCGGUCCUCUCCGGUCAAAAUCCAACUUGCUCCCUAGUAGUCCUCGAGCAAGACUUCGCCGACACGGUUGGCUCCCCGCCGGCGUCGGCCAACUACACCGAGCCCCGCGACUGCCCCUUUCCCUGGACCCGCGUCGUCCUCGAGCUCUCCAUCUCCGCCUCCGACCUCCAGAAGGACCGCGUUGCCGCCGUCUGGAUCGACGGCUCCGAGGUCCUCCGCACAGCCACCCCGCGACCCAUGGCCCGCGGCGCCUUCUGGCGCGUCCACAAGGACAUCACCCGCUACGCCGCCCUCCUCCGCCACCUCUCCGGUGGCGGAAGCGGCGCCAUCUCCAUGAUGCUCGAGAACUCCAACGACUUUUUCCCCGGCGUCUUCUCCGCCAACAUCUCCCUCCACUUCUACCGCGGCGCUCUCCCCACCUCCCCCCGCCACCUCGCCGCCGGCUUUGCCGCCCACCCCACCAUCGAAGGCCUCUACCACGAGCCCGCCGACCUAAUCCUCCCCAUCUCCAACCCCAACGGCUACUACCGCUCUGGCUUCUGGCUCCGAAUCAAUAACGAAACCCACGUCGAGUCGACCUCCAUCACCAUUCCGAAGAACACCUACCGCGCCGUUCUUGAAAUCUUCGUCUCCUACCACGGCGACGACGAAUUCUGGUACACCAACCCGCUCCACUCCGCCUACCUCCACCAGCCACCCUCCAACCUCUCCGUCCCCCGGGCCAACGGCGCCUUCCGCCAGGUCUACGCCACCAUCGACGGCCGCUUCGUCGGCGGCCACAUCCCAUUCGCCGUCAUCUAUCCAAGCACCAUCAAUCCUUACUUCUGGUCCCCUGUCGCCGCCAUCGGGGCCUUCGAUAUGCCAUCCUACGACCUCGAUUUGACGCCGUUCCUCGGCUUCAUGCUCGAUGGCCGCCCCCACGACAUCGGGCUCGGCGUGCGCGACGCCCAGCCCUACUGGCUCGUCAGCGCCAACCUCCACCUGUGGGUCGAUGCCUGGUCCGACUCCGUCCAAGCCGGGCUGACCGAAUACAUCGCACCGCCGAUCAAGAUGUACCGGAACGCAGAAUGGAGAGACAAGGACGGCGAGUCGGAGAUCGACGCCGAGGGACUCCUCCGGUUCACCGGCUGGGUAAGCUCAUCGAAGGGCAACCUCACCACCCAGGUGCGCCAAAAGAUCAAGCUUAAGAGCCAAGUAGAGAUCCAUAACCGCGGUUCCACGACACAAAUCGAGCUCCAAAACAAGGAAAGAAUGAUGGUUUCGAUUCAAAAGGGUCAUCAGCCUCUGGGCCGGGUACAGCUCCUGAUGGAGGCGCCGCUCCAGGUGCAGACGUCGAUGGUGAGUGCGGCGGGUGGCGCGGCUUUCCAGAAGUCGAGGUUGUACCACCAGCUGAUGGAGAUGGUGACGCUGAGCGAGGGGCAGGCGAUGACGACGAGCACGCUGACCGACCGGCAGGACGCGGAGGGGUCGGCGCUGACGCAUGACGGCGAGCCGGUGUGGGGGAGCGGCAGCACCAAGUCGUCGUACCGGUACAAGGACGAGAGCACGUGCUACCUCCGGAGUGUGAACACGGCCGGCGGUGUGGUGAUGAUGGACACCAAGAGUGCCUCUUGUUUGGCCGUCGUCGACCCCUGA